AUGGCCUCUGUUAUUGACUCGACCGAACAACCCCACAGCCCUCCUGGGCCCAAUGCUAGACGCCCCAAGGGCAUCCUAAAGAACUCGUUCCAGAGGUCACCGCCCACCUCGCCCAUUGCGACGACAGCCCAGCCUUCCGUCGAGACGGACCACAGCAACGUCAGCGAGAAGGAGCUGACCAUCCAGAACACACAGCGUAAUGCCGGCCACAGGCGCUCCUCCUCUGCCGCGCGACCCACGGGAUCGCGCCGACAAUCCAGCCGCACCCCGUCCCAUCACGGUGAUGAAGACCUCGAGUCCUCUCAGCGCCUCAAGUGGGACGAGGCCAACCUGUACCUCACCGAACAAGAGCGCACGGCUACCAUGAAGAUCACCGAGCCCAAGACUCCCUACGCAAAGCACUACGAUCCCACCGAAGACCCCAGCGACGAUGAGGAUGCCGAGAUGGGUGGCACAAAGGGUCGCGAGGACGACAUUCCCGGCCUGUCGCUCGGCGAGCCCGAGGAGGAGGUCCCCGAAGGCGAGUUUGCCAGGCGGCCCAGCAAGGUCCACGUCGACGACGCCGGGAGCGGCCACGACAACGAUGACGAAGAGUUUGCCGGCAUGUCCCCCGAGGAGCGCGAGAAGCACCGCCGCUUCGCCCAGCUGCGCAAGAGGCACUACGAUAUGGGAGGUGUUGCCCAGCUGCUGGGCCACCCGGAGAAGCUCGAUGACUUGGCGGAUGAAGAAGACGACGACAGCGGAGCCGGCCGGCCCCCUGUUCCGCCUCUGCCUAGGAGCGAUCGGAAUACCAACGGCCGAGCUGCGUAG